GAUCUUGAGCUCAAAUCACGGACGGUUCUUCCGCAAAUUAGCGGGCGUCCGCAUUAGAACGUAGGAUUUGUCAACAGCCGUCAACAGCCAAUCAGAUCGCUUGUAGAGUGAGCAAGCUGAGCCGAUGUAAACAUUCGCCCAUCGCGUGCAUAUGCACAUGUUGUACUCUACUCUGACUACACUGCACUGAUAGCUGAAAGCUUCAAAACGAUCCGGCCGCGAUCAGCGAUUUGCGAAACUGCUUACAAGCGAGAGUUGAGCGCGACGGACGCACGAACCAAGAGAUCGUUCUACGUCGUUGAUAGCGUCGUACGACGCUGGGCGAAAACACACUAGUGACUGACUGUGACUGCAGAGAAUCGAGACGCGAUCCCAGGCUAUCCCAGUGCCACUCCGCAGUGCAGUGCAGAGCUAACUUCCGAUAACCACCUUUAAAUUUCACCUAGCCAGAUGCAGAUAUAAUUUUAUUCACCGGAUGAAUGCUCUUUUUCAUUACCAUUGGAAAGAGUUUAAGUAGCUCAUGAUGCUAUCUAAUAUAAGCAAUUACCUGGCUUUCGUGAGAGUCAUCUCCCUUCUGAAAUUCAUUUGCUGAUCUUAGUUAGUUGAUGUUGCUAACUUUACCGCUACGUACACGUAUACGAUCGCUACCGGGCGCGGCCGGCGACGCGGGCGUACGUACUGUACUGCAGCUGGUCGUAUGCAUAUUUGUUUACAAUCGAGGUGACCCAUCGAUGACCUUCAAACAGCUGUCUCGUCUUGUUUCGCUGGGCCACAAGUUUGCGGUGCUGCAUUUGCAAACUAUCGGCACGGACAAAAGUUGCAGCGAAUAAAUUACAGAUAUUACCGACAACACGUGUUAACAGUUUUACAUGCAGUCAUCAUAGAGAUGCUGUGCCAGUGAAGUGCAAAUGUGCCACGGUCCCAGUAAAUCUACAUCUACUGCGGACGAAAAGCUAAGGGAUGCUUCUUAACUCAUUUUACAAGCUUGAGCAUUAUUUUACUAAACAGUCUUUGGACGUUACAUGUACUCACUCAAGUUGACUGCUCACAGACAGUAGCAUUGUUACUGAAAAUAUUCGGACCUGCAGUGCAGUCGAGUGCAGACGGACUGAAAAAUCCUUCCGUUCGGAGGUGUUUUGUUCCUUUUUUUGUCAGUUUUAAAGUGAAAAUGUCUGACCAAGAAACGGAAGGAGAGGAGAUCAUGGAGGUGGUGGAUCCGGAUAAAGAUGAUGGUGAUGAAGUGGAAUAUGAAGAUGGAGAAGGAUCGAGUGGAAGUCAGAGGCAAGAAACAAAAGUUUAUCUCCCUGGCCGACAUGAUGAGGAGAUGGGUGAUGAUGAGGAACUUGUCAAAGAUGAAUCUGCCUAUCACAUGUACCACCAAGCUCAAACAGGUUCACCGUGCCUUAGCUUUGAUGUCUUGAGAGACAGCCUUGGAGACUCGAGGGUUGCUUAUCCUCAUUCAGUGUACAUUGUAGCAGGAACGCAAGCAGAGAAGGCACACCUCAAUCACGUAAUUGUUACGAAGAUGAGCAAAAUGAACAGAACAAGCAAGCAAUCGGAAGACGAUGAUGAUGACGACGACGAUGAUGACAGUGAUGAUGAGGAUGAUAAUCAGCCCGAGUUGGAGACGGCCAUGAUAGACCAUCUCGGUUCAGUCAAUAGAAUAAGGAGUACCACCUUGGGUGACAAGCAGAUAGCUGCCUCCUGGGCCGACACUGGCAACGUCCACAUAUGGGACCUCAGUGAACCUCUACAAGCCAUCGAGAGCCCUGCUGCCAUGGCUAAAUACAUGAAACAGAACAACAGCAAGCCCCUUUAUACCUUCAGCGGGCAUGUGACGGAGGGGUAUGCCUUGGAUUGGUCCCCGACUGUUCCAGGGACUAUGUUGUCUGGAGACUGCAAGAAGCACAUUCACAUGUGGAAGCUGAGAGAGGGCGGUGUUUGGAACGUGGAUCAGAGGCCGUAUCUGGCUCACACGGACUCGGUUGAAGACAUUCAGUGGUCUCCCAAUGAGAAAAAUGUGUUUGCAUCGUGCUCGGUGGACAAAUCCAUCCGUAUUUGGGACGUGAGGGCCCUCCCCUCCAAGGCCUGCAUGCUGACAAUGGAAGAGGCCCAUGAUAGUGAUGUCAAUGUAAUACACUGGAACCGGAACGAUCCAUUCAUCUUAUCGGGGGGUGAUGACGGUGUCAUCAACGUGUGGGACCUCAGGCAGUUUCAGAAAAAAGGCCCUCCUGUAGCCAAGUUCAAGCAUCACACUGCUCCCAUUACUUCAGUGGAGUGGCACCCGACGGACAGUACCGUCUUUGCCGCGUCCGGUGCAGACGAUCAGCUGACACAGUGGGAUCUGGCUGUCGAGCCAGACGACGAAGGUCAAGGGUCAAAAGGCGAUGACCCAGACGUUCCUCCACAGCUGUUGUUUAUCCACCAAGGCCAGUCGGACAUCAAGGAGGUCCACUGGCACCCCCAGAUCCCUGGAGUGGUCAUCAGCACAGCUCAGAGUGGCUUCAACGUCUUUAGGACUAUAAGUGUGUAGCCUGAUUGAUUUCAAUGGGACCAAUCAGUUUUCUGUUUCUGUAAUACUAACACCCAAAUGAACUCUGCAACACAGCUUUUUUUUUUGCAGCAGAACGCAAAGCUGAUCUGUCCAAAUUUAAAAGGAAACAUUACUUGUCUAAGGUUGUCAGUCACGUGGGCUGAUUUAAUAGACAACAUAAAUUAUUGUCAGCCCUUUUGGGGUUAAAGUGGAGGUAAUGGCUGAGCUGGGGUUCAAACUCACAACCUCAAGAUUGAGAGUCCAUUGCUCUAAACACUAGACCACAUGACGUCAGUGCAUUAACCCAUUGCAACCAGCUAUAAGAUAAUUCCUGUGUGUUGUCUAUGGGAUAGGACAUUGCAGUUGUCUGUGACCUAGAGGAAGAUCUGUAGGACAGACAGCUGCAUCCGAAGUAUUCUUCAACAGUCUUUUGUCUUCAGAGGCAUGAUGGAAGCUGUUCAGAAUGAUACCACUCUGAUGUGGAAUCAUCUAAUAAUAAUAAUAAUAUUUACCCAGGGAAGCCACUUCAGUUCUGAAAACUGCUAUUAUUAUUACCCCGGCUUUAGCUGGGCUGUCUAGGCGCUCAAGCAUUCGAAGAAUUUCUUCCUACCGGGUACCCAUUCACCUCACCUGGGUUGAGUGCAGCACAAUGUGGAUAAAUUUCUUGCUGAUAGAAAUUACGCCAUGGCUGGGCAUCUCCCCUUUGUGUCUAGAUUAAGAAUCUGCUGGAUAGUGUAACAUAAAGCUUUGCGAUUGAUAAUGGAGCUGAUUUCUUUGACUGAUUGCAUUCAUUAAUGUGUAUGUAAAAGUUGUUGACAAUGAUAAUUUUGCCAUUAGUGUUAACUACAGGCCCGUAGCAAGGGGUGGGGGGGGGGGGGGGUAGGUGUUUGAUCGAACCUCCUAAAAUUUUCAAUAGCUUGAAAAAAAUCGCAGGGUAAAAGAAGAGGGGAUUGAACCUCUACUUGAAAACCCUUUCUACAGGGUUGAACUACCAUGAACACCUUUAAAUUGUCUAGUGAGGAUUGUUACCAUGGUAAUAAACAUUGAUGGCAGAGUUGAGCAACAGUACCCUUAUCUUCAUUUCUUGCAGCAAAAUGGAGAAUUACAUGUUAUUAAUUUCAUACUUUGAUUGAAGAAAAUAUUAAUUCCCUAUAUGAACUUGGUUCACCUUUAGAUUUCAAUGCAUUUUAUUCAAUGUAUAAACAGAAAUGGUAAAUGUGUUAUAUUGAUGUGAUUUUAUAUUCUCGCACAUAUAUAGACCUAUCUCAUUUCAAUUUUUUUUUUAUGUUGAAUUAUCUUCUUUUUUUUAAAUCAAGAAAUAUGCAAUAUUUUAGGUGACAUAGUAGAACAAAUAUUGGCAGUCUAAUUGAACAUUUCGAGAGAUUGUGUUAGCAAGUGUUUUGAAUCAGAGUGUCUUAAAAGCAAAGUCCACCCCAACAAAAAGUUUAUUUGGCUAGAUUGGGAAAAAAAUCAGACAAAUCAUGCAACACUGAAAAUUUCAUUGAAAAUGGGGUAAGAAUAAGAAAGUUAUUCCAUUUGAACUUUGCCCAAUCAGCAAAAUAGACAGAAUUGAUGGCCACAGACUAUGCAAUUGAAGGAACAAAUUAUGUCACAUACCAUUUCUUUCAUAUUUUAUGUAUGAAAUAUCAAAUAUUUUAUGAUGUUUCUUGUAAUGAUAUAAAUAUUGGUUAGAUUGAAUUUUCAUGGAACAUGGAAAAUCAUCAUGGUAAUAUACUCUGUUUUCCUCUUGAUCAUCAAAUCAGUAGAAAUUGUGAAAAUGUAUAUUGCAAUCAAUGAACAAAAGAAUAAUGUGUGGCAUCAUCAUUUGCACAUCGAUCAGGAUGUGCGCAUACAUGUAUCUGUUGCGUCGAAAUGAGGGGAAAUUAAAAUGCAAUAUUUUCCUUGAAUCUGAUUUUGAUUUUUCCUAAUUCUCGCAUAGUCAAAAUGGUAAUCAAAUUCACUAUAGACUAUGUAACAUCGCAGCCAUCCCCAUGAAAACUUUACCUGGAAAAAUUCACACUGCCACGCCGAACGAAUUCAAGAUCGCAGUAAAUCUAUUGAAAUGAGAGACAAAUCACAAUGAUCAGUAGGCCUAAUGAACAGCUCGGAGGCCUUGGUCAUAAAGGGCAGUUGGCAGUACACUUUCUACAUUCUUGAAAGCAUUCUGCAUAGCAGUGCGAAUACUCCCUAAAGGCCUGGCCCCACUGGCCGACGGACACAAAACGUAUUCACAACGGAUACAGCGGUUAAGCAAAAUUUCGGGGUGGCUUCAUCCGUUUUCAUCUGCUCCAGACAAUGGACAGAAUGAGCAAACAAAUCAGUGGAAAGAUGCUUGAUGGAUAUAGAGUGUAUGAAACACAGAGUACACAACGGAUACAUAGCGUUUUCCAACGGAUGGCAAGAUUCUUUUCCGUUUUUCAUUCCUCUGCAUCCGUAAGUGCAGUGGGACCAAGCCUUAAUGUUGAGUUGAGAACCACCUAUACUCAAAGGACUGGCUCAAGGAAAUAUAUUCAUUGUGUAUGGGAUUUCUGUUGAGCUUUGCAAAUGACCACAAUACAGAUUUCCAAAAAAAAAUAUUUUAAUCUACAGAUUUCAUUUGAUUUCUUUUGAUCUAUUAAUUUCAUUAAAUUUGAGUUAAAAGCAGACCUGCCAACCUUCUACAGUGAAAAAAAGUAUUCUUAGAGGGAAAAAAAAGUAUUUUUUGAGAAUACAGAGUAUUUUAAAAAAUUUGUCUCAAAGUUACAAUCGCCAGCCUGUUGUAGUGAGAUUGGUGGAAAAACAUGUGAAAUGGCUCUACUUGAUAACUUCAUAAUUCACCCUUUCAAACAUGUGCUUGUAGGCAAGCAUUCACUUGUUCUUUUCGUGCAACAAGUUCCUGGCCCGACAGUGAGUUUUUAUCAGUCUGGGACUGUCGGACUGGUGCUCGUCACGCGCUGCGUAUAAUACAUACUCCAUGAUUGGAAAUUAAAAAAAAAGUAACAAAUCAUACAAAAAAAGUAUUGGUGUAUUCAUAGCAAAAAAAGAGGAACAAAUACUCUAUAAAGGGAACUGUUGGCAUGUCUGCAAAAGGCAUUUCUAAGCAAUAACAUUCAAUGGGGCAAACUGGUAAAACAGCGAGGUUAUGUUGACAGUAUUUAACAGUAUAUGCAUUUCAAGAUCAAAUCCUGAAAAGGAGAUAUAUGUUCAGUGUGCACUUGAUGUCUUAUAUCUACAGGUAUGUUUAUGGCUGCAUUUAUAAUGUUUAUGCACAGUAAUAAAUACCAUGGAUUCAAGAAACUAAGUUUUUUGAUGUGACGAGUUGUAACAUUGCCUCAUGAUUAUUU